AGCUGGUUUAGUCACACUUUAAAACAGUUCAAGUGUACAGUGUGCGUUCUACCAACUUAUAUUUUUUCCACAGUUCCUUGCUUUUUUAAUUACCUGACUCUACAGUUUCUAGAAGAUAAUGGAAGAUAGUGAUAAAAACGGCUUUAACGGUACGUGUGCGAAGAAUUUGCAGCCAUGCUCGACUUGCAAUGGACGUGGAAGGGCUGCCACCAGAUCGGAGGAGCAAGAUGAUCCGCGAAUCCUUAUUCCAGAAUUAUGCCGCUUAUUCUACAAUUUGGGAUGGUGCACAGGCACCGGCGGAGGAAUAAGUGUGAAACACAAAGAUUUGAUUUAUAUUGCGCCAUCAGCUGUUCAGAAAGAAAGGAUUCAGCCGGAAGACAUUUUCGUUCAGGAUAUAAAUGGAAAGGAUAUUGAAUUGCCCCCAACCAGUAAAAGGCUUAGAAAGAGCCAGUGCACUCCACUGUUUAUGCUGGCAUAUGUUCACAGAAAGGCUGGAGCUGUGAUUCAUUCCCAUUCGAAACACUCAGUUUAUGCUACACUUGUCUACAAGGGAAAGGAAUUUCGUAUCCGUCACCUGGAAAUGAUCAAGGGAGUGAAAAAGGAUUCCACGGGAAAGUACUAUCGCUAUGACGAAGAGUUGGUUAUUCCGAUUGUGGAAAAUACACCGGAGGAGCGCGAUCUGGAGGACCGUAUGAAUCGUGCAAUGAUGGAUUAUCCAGAUGCAUGUGCUGUUUUGGUGCGGAGACAUGGAUUUUAUGUUUGGGGAGACACGUGGCAGCAAGCAAAAGCGAUGUGCGAGGCUUUGGAUUAUCUCUUUGAAAUCAGCGUUGAAUUGCAUCGACUUGGUAUCGCUCCUGUUGUAGAUGAACUGAGUGUGCCAGAAGAGGCGUAUGUGUGAUUUGUUUGCCUAAAGAGAUAGAAGUAGUGAUAUCACUGAUAUGCUCCCCUGAAUUUAUUCCCACGAUUGCGAUCCAUUCAGAAAUACAGCAAAUAUUAAUGGGAAUUUCGCCAUAAAAUUGAUUUUGAGGCAUCUCCAGUCUUCCUUAUGGUUAGUUUGUUUGAUGGUGUCAAUGAUGUUCAUUGUCUUAGUUCAUCUCGACCUAAAAUGCUUUUUAAGCCUGUACUAUACCUUAAACGAACGAAGAAGUCAUGACUGUGUGUUAUGUUUCUGUUUUCACUUAAGCGAGAACUUUCUUGGUUUUCACCGUACAGCUAAAGCAAAACUAGAUCAGUUUAAAUGUCUGCAUUAUGCAAGUGGCAAAAGC